UGGUAGUAAACGUGAGUUUGAAACAGAACUGCAAUAAACACUCCGAAGCAAUAGGCGGCAGUAUUACACAAAAGUACGAAUUACAACGUCAUCUGUGUGCGACCGGAUACUUAAAACAAACGCGAUGGCUGAAACUGGAAAUGAGAAAGUUAUCAAGCUUGUUCCUGAGAACCUUCUCAAGAAACGCAAAGCAUAUCAGGCCAUCAAAGCAACUCAAGCUAAACUAGCAUUAGAACAGAAAAGAAAAGUACAAAAGGGAAUUCCUUUGAGGUUUAAGCGCUUGGAGGAUUUUCUAAAACGCAGCAAGAGGCGAUAUCGAGAUGAGUCCCGACUCGCAAGACUUAAACAGAGACCCCCACCGGCCAUGCCACCAGUUAAACACAGCCUGGCAUUUGCUGUCCGAAUCAAAGAGAUCAAAGGUGUGAGCCCCAAAGUGAUGAAGGUUAUUCAGAUGCUGAGGUUGAGAAAAAUCUUCAGCGGCACCUUUGUAAAAGUCAGCAAGACGUCUAUAAAAAUGCUCAAGACUGUGGAGCCUUACGUUGCAUGGGGGUUUCCCAACUUGAAAUCUGUCCGGGAGCUGAUAUUAAAAAGAGGGCAGGCAAAAAUUAAUAAGAAAAAGGUUCCUCUGACCGACAAUACAGUCAUUGAGCAGCAUCUAGGAGAAUAUGGGAUCAUCUGUUUGGAGGAUCUUAUCCAUGAGAUCUACUCUGCUGGAAAGAACUUCAGGGUCGUAAACAACUUCCUGUGGCCAUUCCGUCUGUCGGUACCACGGCAUGCUGCUAGAGACCAAGUUGGAUUAAUGAAAGAUGUUGGACAACCCGGACCCAGAGCUGAGGACAUAAAUUCAAUCAUCAGAAAACUCAACUGAUCUAAUGGACUCUUGGUUUGGACUGUUUUUUUGCUGCGUUUCUUUGAAAAUGGAGAGGACCGAGUCUGGGUUUUUUUGUGCUGUUUGAACUGAAUGUUUAGGUUUCUUCUAAACCAGUAUGUUCAAAUGUUCUGAAAAAACAUAUUUGAAAACUCAUUGUGUAAAUGUUGUUUUCUUUGUAAAAAGUAUUCAAUAUUUUUAUUAAAUGAAAAAUCCCAGUA